AUGCCGGCCACCUCCCCCUGGCUGCGCGAGCAGUACGCGGCGGCCCGGCUGGCCGCCCGGCGCCCGCUGGAGUGGUCCGCGUCCAAGGCGUCCUGGCGCAUCGCCAUGCAGCUGAGGCGGGGCGACCGCGCCGGCACUUGCCCCUUGGGGCUCUACCUCAACGCGUUGAGAUACUUGCUGAAGGCGGUGCCUUUCAUCACCAGCGACAACGCUGAGAUCAUCCUGGUGGGCGAGCUGGACCCCUCCACGGCCGAGUUCCGCGCGUUGCGGCGCCUGGGCGUGGAGUUCCUGGCGGGGAAGCCGCUGUGCCAGAAUCGAGCCCGACCGGCGAGGAACCUCCCAAAUCCUGUCGUCUCGCCCUAA